AUGGGUUUUCGAGUGUCUGCUGCUGAUACUUAUUUGUUUGUGUUUUGCUCUAAACAUGUUACUCUGUAUCUCCUUAUCUAUGUGGAUGAUGCCUUACUGAUUGGGAACUCCCAGAGUGCUAUUCAUAACUGCAUUCAGGAGCUUUCUCGUCAUUUCUCUCUUAAGGAUCUAGGCCCUAUUGCUUUCUUCCUUGGUGUUCAACUUCUUCGUUAUUCUAAUGGGGUACUUCUCAGUCAACGUCAGUACAUUACUGGUAUGCUACAACGUUCUCACAUGGAUGCUGCUAAACUGAUUUCCUCUCCUAUGGCUAUUCACCCCAAGCUUACUCGGCAUGAUGGCUCUCCUCUUCCCGAUCCUACUGAGUAUCGGAGUAUUGUUGGCGUCCUUGAGUAUGUUGCUAUCACCCGUCUAGACAUCUCCUUCGUUGUUAGCAAAACCACAGUAGCACGUUUUAGCACCGAGUCUGAGUUUCGUGCUUGUGAUACAUCUACUACUGAAGUGGUGUGGAUUUCCUCUCUUCUUCGAGAUCUUGGUAUCAAUCUCUUUGAGAUACCUACUAUUUGGUGUGAUAACAUCGGAGCCACUUGCCUUGCGGCAAAUCCUGUGUUUCGUGCUUGGACUCGUCAUGUUGAGGUUGAUUUUCACUUUCUCCGAGAUCUUGUUCUUACCAAACGGCUUACCGUGCGGUUCAUCUCUUCCAAAGAUCAGGUUACUAACAUUCUCACCAAGUCACUUGCCGGUGAUCAGUUUUGCUUCUUACGGGACAAACUCCAUGUUCGCGAUGAGCAUGGAGUUUGA